AUGCGUAGGCCCCCCUGUACAGUACUCACUCAACAACGCUGUCCUCAAUUCUUGCACACACCUUCGUCUCCCUCCAGAGAACAUUGCACUCUCACCAUUGCCCGUGCUUCAACUGAGCUGGCUAAAUGCUUGAUUCCAGGAAUCCUUUCAGUGGUAGAUUCUCAACCUCGCAGCAGCAGGAUACUCUUGGCAUAA